AUGAAAUCUACCAUAUUAUUUUUCCUUGUCUUCGUUGCAGCUGUGGCAAUUGCCAAGCCUAAUCCGAGAAUUCAUUCCGAUUCCAGUAGCGAAGAAGGUCCCCAACACAAGCCCCAUCACAACCACCAUGAACAUCACCAUCGUCGCAGUUCUCCCCAUCCUCCCACAACUGUGGUGAGCCCCACCGCACCAGAAAAAUCUGAUGGAACUACGCCGUUUGCUGAUCUCACCACAACAGCUGAUGAAAUCGUGGUGACUGACGUUUCGACGGAUGUGAUCACCUCCGAGCAAGUUACGGCUUCUGACGACAGCUCUGUGGCAACGCUGGAACUAAUGGAUAAUAGAGCAUUCGCCGUCCAAUCAAGACAAAUCAGCGGUGACAAGCAUCACCGAAAACACCACAGACAUCAUCACCGACACAGUUCUCCCCAACCCCGGACAACCGCAGCGAGCGUUUCCAGUACGGAAGCUCCAGAAGGAACCACACAGGCCGUCGACGACACCUCUCCAGUUACUGAAAUCGUAGUAACCGAUGCCGUUACAGAAGAAGUUACUGCUGAACAACCUGUAGCUCCUUCUGGAAUUUCUGACGUGACAGUCGAAGUACUCGCUGUGAGGAGUAAUUAA